CCAUGGGAACGAGUGUUAGAGGGAGGACCCUGAAGGAGGAGGUGUGUCCUGCUGGCACUAGGUUCCUGUUUGAUUAAAACCGCCCUCGUCCUUCACCCAGCCACAGAAGUGCAGGUCCAGCCGCGAGACACGCCGAGAGAGAUUUUCACUGGAGCUACCACAGUAAGUUUCAUCUCUUCCUCCAGUUGCAGGAUCUCAUGUCCUUUUUCUAAUCCAGCACAUCCAUGUGGGUGGUGGAGAAGAUCCGUGUGUCAAUGGACAGCUCGCACCUUCCUGCACCGUCCUCCGAAUUCAGCUUUAAAAUAGGCGAACUCUUGUUUGGGGAUAAAUCUGAGAAGCCCAAAAGGAUCGCCCUCUGCCCUAAUGUCAUCACCCCGGACAACAUCCCGGAGUUCUGCAUCCCCCCGACGAUCCCUUCCAUCCAGGAGGCACGGAACCUCGAGGAGAACCGGUUCGGCCGCACCGCCAAGUCGGCGCUGUGUGAGAAGGCAUCGGCUGAGACGGAAGUUUCCGGACAUGAGCCAUGUAAUAUGCAUAUCAUCCAGGUGGAGAGUGUGGAUGAAAGCCCCUGUGAUGGGUGCAGCGACGAAGAGACCACUAAUGCGGACCCUCAAAGCCAAGCAGCUUUGUCUCUCCCACAUCUAGCCAAGGCUCAAACCUGCUAUGGGUUCUGUACUUUGCUGGAAAGUCCCCAUACGAGGCGGAAGGAGUCGCUCUUCCACGCGGAUCCAAGCUCCUCUCCUUUGCUGCUGCCUCGGAGUCGAUCCAAUGUUUGCACCAGGGUCUCCCCCUCAUCCUCCCCCUCCCCCUCCCCGUCCCCGUCCCCUACAUUCACCCACACUGAUGGAAGACUUUCGCCCAGAAGCAGUGCAGUGAACUGGCCUCUCACCCAGGACAGUGACACCACUUCGUCCGCAGAGUCCUCACCCUUCAGUUCCCCGCUCCUGGCCAGGUGCCCCCCAAAAUCUUCCCUCUUCAAAGCUCUGAGCCAUGAACUUCUCUUGUCAAGGAACAUGCGGAAGGCCAUGGUGUCCAGGAAUAAUUCGCUAUCCACGGACGAAGGCAGUUCCACGGACAACAGCCCGCACGUCAUGAGGCGGGCCUCGCAGGCUGAAGGUCUGCCGAGAAGCGUCAAUCUAGCGCCACCUACUAUCUUCCCCAUGGACCUGACUCUGCACCGAGAGAGAGUGAUGAAGGAGACAAAAGUGCCCAUCGGUAAAGAUGGCCGCCUUCGACUCUCGGCGGAGUAUUGCCCGGAAAACCAGAGACUCAGAGUCCGACUGAUCAGCGCUGAGGGGCUCUAUCCUCCAUCCGUGGACCCCAAGAUGAUCAACUGCAGCGUCAGCCUCACGCUGGUCCCCGGAAAGCUCCAGAAGCAACGCAGCACCGUCAUCCGAAAGAGCCGAAACCCGAUCUUCAACGAGGAUUUCUUUUUCGACUGUGUUUCGGAAGAAGACUUGAGCCAGCGUUCCCUCCGCUUCAAAGUGGUGAACAAGAUGUCCACGCUGAAGAGAGACUAUCUCCUGGGUGACUGUGACUUGCUCCUUUCUCACAUCGUCUCUUUGUGAAGCAACUUUUAUUUA